UCACGCCCCUGCAUCUCCCUCCCCGACCCCGCUGUGUGCGCACACUUGUGCACCCCACUGCACCGUCCUCCCGGCCGGCUGCCGGUCCCGCCGUGCUCCAGUCCCCUUCCUGUUGGCAGGACCUUGGCUGGCUUUCAGGAGGUGCUUAUCCCCACAGGCUGGUCUCUGUAACAGCAACAGGGCUCCUUGUCGGGUGACGGCAGGCAGGGCUGCUCACAGCGGGCCACCCUGAAAUCUUCUCACUCUGGGAGUUGGGACCAGUGGGCCUCUUCUCCACACGGCAACCCGGGGCCGGCUUCCUCCCCUCCCUGCGGCUCUGCGCCCCCACACGCGGCGUCCUGGAGCCGAGCCCGGCGUCAGCCGGGGGGCGCUCCUGUGCGCUUGUGCCUGUGCUCAUCGGGGUGCUGACCCCGGGACGUGCUGGUCCUGAGGGCCCGGGCUCAUCCGGACUCCAGGGCGUGACAAGAGCAGCUCCCUGGGGAGCUGCCCGGCGGCGUGGGGGCGCCGGACUGACGGAAGUGCCCGGCCACCCUCCGCGCCCUGCCUCGUUCGUUAGUGCGCCGAGCCGGCCCCAUGCCGGUCACUGGUCUGGCGGGAGCUGCGGCGACGCGAAGGAGACACAGCCCGCGCCGCGCCGCCGCGGGAGGACCGGCACGAGCUGGUAGACAGAACGCGGUGGGGGAGACCACGGGGCGCGCACAGCGUCAGGCGGAGGGCGGCAGGGUGGCUCCCUCACAGAAGCAGGCCACGGAGGGUUACAGAGGACGCACGAGCGGAGGCCAGAGGGAAGACGCUCCCGGAUACCGCUUUGGCGCCAGGGCUGGGGCAUUGGAGCUGGGAUGGAAGGGUACCUCUAGUAUGACAUGUGCUGAGAUUCCACCUGCUUUUUAACGAUGAAGGAGACAGACCGGGAGGCUGUAGCAACAGCUGUUCAGAGGGUUGCUGGGAUGCUUCAGCGCCCGGACCAGCUGGACAAAGUGGAGCAGUACCGAAGGAGGGAGGCCCGGAAAAAGGCCUCAGUGGAGGCCAGACUGAAGGCUGCGAUCCAGUCCCAGUUGGACGGUGUGCGCACAGGCCUGAGUCAGCUACACAAUGCACUGAACGAUGUCAAAGACAUCCAGCGGUCCCUGGCCGACGUCAGCAAAGACUGGAGGCAGAGCAUCAACACCAUUGAGAGCCUCAAGGAUGUGAAGGAUGCUGUCGUGCGGCACAGCCAGCUUGCCGCAGCUGUGGAAAACCUCAAGAACAUCUUCUCAGUGCCCGAAAUUGUGAGGGAGACCCAGGACCUCAUAGAACAAGGGGCGCUCCUACAGGCCCACCGAAAGCUGAUGGACCUGGAGUGCUCCCGGGACGGGCUGAUGUAUGAGCAGUACCGCAUGGACAGUGGAAACACUCGAGACAUGACCCUCAUCCACAGCUACUUUGGGAGCACGCAGGGGCUCUCGGACGAGCUGGCCAAGCAGCUGUGGAUGGUGCUGCAGAGGUCACUGGUCACUGUUCGCCGUGACCCCACCUUGCUGGUCUCAGUUGUUAGAAUUAUUGAAAGGGAAGAAAAAAUCGAUAGGCGCAUACUUGACCGAAAAAAACAAACUAGUUUUGUUCCUCCUGGGAGGCCCAAGAAUUGGAAGGAGAAAAUGUUUGCCAUCUUGGACAGAACCGUGACGACUAGAAUUGAGGGCACACAGGCAGACACCAGGGAGUCCGACAAGAUGUGGCUCGUCCGCCACCUGGAAAUCAUAAGGAAGUACGUCCUAGAUGACCUCAUCGUUGCCAAAAACCUGAUGGUUCAGUGUUUCCCUCCCCAUUAUGAGAUCUUCAGAAACCUCCUGAGCAUGUACCACCAGGCCCUGAGCACGCGGAUGCAGGAGCUUGCGUCCGAAGACCUAGAAGCCAAUGAGAUCGUGAGCCUGUUGACAUGGGUCUUAAAUACCUACACAAGUGCAGAGAUGAUGGGGAACACGGAGCUGGCCCCAGAAGUGGAUGUCAGCAUCUUGGAGCCUUUGCUUUCUCCAGAUGUGGUCUCUGAGCUGCUUGACACGUACAUGUCAACUCUCACUUCAAACAUCAUUGCCUGGCUGCGGAAAGCACUAGAAACAGACAAGAAAGACUGGAUCAAAGAGACAGAGCCCGAAGCCGACCAGGAUGGGUUCUUCCAGACGACACUCCCUGCCAUUGUCUUCCAGAUGUUCGAACAGAAUCUUCAAGUUGCUGCUCAGAUAAGUGAAGAUUUGAAAACAAAGGUACUUGUUUUGUGUCUUCAGCAAAUGAACUCUUUCCUGAGUAGAUACAAAGAGGAAGCUCAGUCGUAUAAAGAAGAGCACCUGAGGAAUCGGCAGCACCCCCACUGCUAUGUCCAGUAUAUGAUCGCCAUCAUCAACAACUGCCAGACCUUCAAAGAAUCCAUAGUCAGUUUAAAAAGGAAGUAUUUGAAAAAUGAAAUGGAAGAAGGCAUGUCUCUGAGCCAGCCAAGCAUGGAUGGGAUUCUGGACACCAUUGCAAAGGAGGGCUGCAGCAGCCUGCUGGAGGAGGUCUUCCUGGACCUGGAGCAACAUCUCAGUGAGCUGAUGACAAGGAAGUGGCUGUUAGGAUCAAAUGCUGUGGACAUUAUUUGUGUUACCGUGGAAGACUAUUUCAAUGAUUUUGCCAAAAUUAAAAAGCCGUAUAAAAAGAGGAUGACCGCGGAGGCGCAGAGGCGAGUGGUGCUGGAGUACCUGCGGGCUGUCAUGCAGAAGCGCAUCUCCUUCCGCAGUGCAGAGGAGCGCAAGGAAGGUGCCGAGAGGAUGGUCCGGGAGGCCGCGCAGCUCCGCCUCCUGUUCCGGAAGCUGGCCUCUGGGUUUGGGGAGGAUGCAGAUGGACACUGUGAUACCAUUGUGGCCAUCGCGGAAGUUAUUAAGCUGACGGACCCGUCUCUGCUCUACCUGGAAGUCUCCACUCUGGUCAGCAAAUAUCCAGACAUCAGGGAUGAGCACAUUGGUGCACUCCUGGCCAUGCGAGGGGACACCAGCCGGGACAUGAAGCAGACCAUCAUUGAGACGCUGGAGCAGGGCCCGACGCAGGCAAACCCAAACUAUGUGCCCCUCUUCAAGGAGAUUGUGGUUCCCAGUCUGAACGUGGCAAAGCUCCUCAAGUAG